AGCAGGGUCUGCCCAAGGGUUGGGAAAGCGGAGGCCCAGGAGAAGAGGGGAGAAAGGAGGCGGAGGAUCCUGUUUACUUCGCUUCCUCUACCGAUUCCCUUAGCCUCCAGGGGACCCCGUCAAAGGAAAGGGCGAUUCAUCCUUCUUCCUCCCCUCUUCUUUCUCCUUAGCCUUAGCCAUGGCUGAGGCUGGGCCCGGGCGGAGCGAGACCGUCACCGAGACAACGGUUACCGUGACAACCGAGCCCGAGAACAGGAGAAGAUUAACCAUCAAGCUUGAGAAUCGGAAACCAGAAAAAAAGGUAGAAUGGACAAGUGACACUGUGGAUAAUGAACACAUGGGACGCCGUUCAUCAAAAUGCUGCUGUAUUUAUGAGAAACCUCGGGCCUUUGGUGAAAGCUCUACAGAAAGUGAGGAGGAAGAAGAGGAAGGCUGUGGUCAUACACACUGUGUUCGGGGCCACCGCAAAGGACGGCGCCAUGCAACUCCAGAACCCACUCCUACCACCCCUCCCCAUCCACCUGACCCUUCCCAGCCCCCUCCAGGGCCAAUGCAGCACUAAAUUUCUCGCUACCCUACCAUUCCUGUGUGUGAGUAUCUGACCCUUAGUUAUCCAAGUGGCUAUUGGGGACUAAUUCAUUCUCUGGAUCCCUCCUUUCCUCUACUCUGCCUGACAGAAGAGGGAAAAGGAGAGUCGACAGAAAUCCUAGAACUCUGACAUGCUGCUAUUCCCAAACUCUGACUUCUGGGUUUCCCUCAGCCUUCAUAGUACUCUUCUAGAGAUCCAGACAUUUUGGUCCCUGUCUCUUCUCUUUGUUCUUACUGCCAAACUGCCAGUUCUUUUGGACACUUGCACUCUCAAUUUGAGUCCCAAAAAUUUACAUUGGGUUUCCAACAACCCCAACUCUUACUGCCAGAGUCUCAGUCAGAUUCUAGGCAAUCUUGAUCCAGUCAUGUUAAUCCUGGCUUACAGCUCUUCAUUAAUGUAUUUAUAUUAAUCUUAAUUCUCCGACUUUACCUGUGGGAUGUGAGGGCUUUUGGGAGACCUUAGGGUCCCUAGUCCUUUGCUUUCCCUACUGCCCAUUCCCCUCAUUCCCUCAAGAAGAAUUAGGAGAGAAGUCUUUUUA